AUGACUGACUGGAAGUUCAGUGGCGAGCAGGCGCCGAGGAAUGAAGAAGAGUGGGCAGCAGAGUUCGACAAGUAUCAGCAGUCGCCUGAAUUCAAGAGAGUCAACAGCAGCAUGACUGUCGACGAAUUCAAGUUCAUAUACUGGAUGGAGUAUGCUCACCGCAUGUGGGGGCGGGCGCUCGGGCUGCUCUUCCUCUUCCCCGCUGCUUACUUGGUCGCCCGCGGCUACAUCAAGACGAAGCUCGCCGCGCGCUGCGCCGUGCUGUUUGGGCUGGGCGGGGCGCAGGGGCUGAUUGGCUGGUGGAUGGUGAAAUCAGGGCUGGAGGAACCCACCAAUCCCCACGCCGUGCCGCGGGUCAGCCCCUACCGCCUGGCUGCUCACCUGACGUCCGCUUUUGUCAUCUUCUCAGGCAUUUUCUGGACGGCGUUGAACAUCCUGUUUCCCACGCCGCCCUCAUCAACCCCCGCUCAGCUGCUAGCAGCAGCGAAGCUGCGCCCGCUGGUGCAUCCGGUGGCCAUGCUGCUCGGUGUUACUGCAUUCUCCGGUGCCUUCGUCGCCGGCAAUGAUGCUGGCCGCGCAUUCAACACUUUUCCUUUGAUGGGCGACCACUGGGUGCCGCCAGAGAUACUGGAGAUGACUCCGCUGCACCGCAACUUCUUUGAAAACACUGCCACCGUGCAGUUCCAGCACAGGGUACUCGCUAUAAGCACACUCGCUGCAGUGACAGGCAUGUGGUACUCAGCGCGCAAGCUGCCUCUCCACCCGCGCUCUGCCCUCCUUCUCAACACCGCCCUUGGCAUCACCGCGCUGCAGGUGACGCUGGGCAUAUCAGCGCUGCUCACAUACGUGCCUGUGUCGCUGGGAUCAGCACAUCAAGCAGGCGCGCUCACUCUCUUUGCCACCAUGCUUGCUCUCAUGCACUCGCUCCGACGCCCUAAUGCUGCCGCCUCUGCUACAGCUGUGCGCGCUGCUACAGCUGCUGCCUCUAAAUCCACUUAA